AUGUUGCUCUUUCUGCUUGGUAUUCCCUUAAUUUUAAUCUUAACGAUCGUGGUUAUACCAGCAUCACUGAAUAUUUCUUUUGGCGUUCGUGAUUGCUACGUCAAUACAUUGCGUAAAAUUUUCGAGUGUAGCAGAAUGCUAAGUGAAAACGAUACCAACAAGAAGAAAUUUAGUCUAGACGAUAUGCUGUCUUUUGCCGCUUGUGGCAUGCAAGCCAUCGUUGAUGAUGAAAUCACCAAAUGUUUUUCAGCUGAAGAAUUGCCUUCUUGGAAUUUGUUAACUAGAACAAAUAAAAACUACGAAUAUAUAAGUCUCCGCUUAACUAUACUGUGGAUCAUUGGAUGGUGUAUCCGCUACUUGAUUUUCUUGCCUGUCAGAAUUACCAUUUUAAGCUUGGGAUUACUUUGGCUCUGCUUAGCCACGACAUUGAUUGGGUUUCUACCGAAAUCUAGCCUACAAACGAAGCUAAAUCAUUACGCCUACCUUAUUGCCUUUCGCGUACUGGCGCGUGCAAUCUCUGCUUCUAUUAGAGUACACAAUAGAGAAAAUCGAGCUAAAGGUGGUGGAAUUUGUGUUGCAAAUCAUACUUCACCAAUUGAUGUUCUUAUUUUAUCUACCGAUAAUUGCUAUGCUAUGGUAGGUCAAAUUCAUGGUGGCUUCUUAGGGACAGUGCAAAGAAUUCUUUCAAGUUCUCAAUCUCAUGUUUGGUUUGAAAGAUCUGAAAUGAGGGAUCGAAUGACUGUGACAAAUAGGUUAAAAGAACACGUUGAGGACCAUAGUUUGGACCCAAUGUUAAUAUUUCCAGAAGGCAAGUUGUUGUUCAUCCUGUUAUACUUUAUAUUAAAUUUGUCUUGCUGUACGUGCAUCAACAACACGUCUGUAUUUAUGUUUAAGAAAGGUUCCUUCGAAAUUGGUGGAACAAUUCACCCAGCGGCUAUUAAGUAUGAUCCUACGUUUGGGGAUGCUUUUUGGAAUUCGAGUCGUGAAAGCUGGGUUCAAUAUUUAGUUAUGAUGCUUACAAGCUGGGCCAUAGUAUGCGAUGUUUGGUAUUUACCUCCUAGAAAAAUGGAGGAAAAUGAAACUGCAACCGAAUUUGCUAACCGUGUUAAAGCUGAGAUUGCCGAAAAAGGGGGACUAGUUGACCUAGUCUGGGAUGGACAACUAAAGCGGGUUGCUGCCAAGGCUUCUCUAAAAUAUGCAGAGCAAGAAAAGUAUAGUGAAAUUUUGCUAAAAGAUUAA